CUGUGCGCGUCGCGGCCCCCGAGCGCGCGAGGCCUGCUGAGGAGCGCGCGCCCGCCCGGGCUCGGUGCCGGAAACCCCUCCGCGGCUGCCGCCGGCACCGAGCCGUGGGGACCUACAGAGGAGCUGGCUAAUUCCUGGUGCAGCGUGUAGGGGCAAUCUGACGUGAAGGGGAACUCGGGGGAGAACGUUCGGUCUGGAAGUUUCUCUAUGCAGCCUACAGUCGUUCCUGAAGCUGUUGGGCUUUUACAUGCUGUUGGAGUAAUAAAAACUCUUCUGUCCGUCCUCUUCCUCUUCAUCCACAAGAAAGAGGGUUUGAAAGGAGAGGAGGCCAUCCAUGCCUGGAGCAACGAAGUGGAAGAGAAAACUCUGAACACAAGAGUGGGGUCCGCCCAGGGCUGGCUGAGAAGUUUUGAAAGUGAAACAUACACAUCCACCAGGAGACAUCCAAUCUAAUUGCUCGUCAUGCUUAUCACACAGUUCACGCUAAAUGCGGAGUGCUGAAGGAACUGAACCCGUGGCUCUGCAGACAGCUGGCCAUGGUGCUGGCCAUGGCAUCUCAGGAUGCUCACAACUUCUUCCAGCCUCUCUCUUCCUGGAUAUCUCGCAUCUAUGAAGCUCUCCAGCAGGCAGGGGAUACCUUGUCAGCCUCGCUGGUUAACUUAAGCAAACAAGACUCUAAUCUGAGCGGACAGCCGGACCAGGACUUUGACGAGGUUCAGAUUCAGGAAACUUGUUACGAAGACGAAGAACAAGACAACGAUUGGAGUCAAGAGGAUGCAAAUUCCUUGUUUCUCGAAGUGGAACAUGUCUCAUGUUGUGAGAGUGGUUUGCAGGACUCUGCCCAAAGUUCAGGCCCCAGAGUUAGCCCAAACGCAAAGGGCUCAUGUUCUGUAAUGUCCCAGUGGCCCGACCAGACCCUAGAUGACCAUAAGUCAGCACGUGGACUUUCUUCUAUUGCUGAGGAAGAGUGUUACCCUGAAAAGCAAAGAUGGGACCUUCAGCACAGCUUUGAUAGCCAACUCCCUGCUACGUUAGAAAAUGUGAACGGAAAAAAUCAAGAUAACAGCUUUGGGGAUGAUGAGGAGCUGUCCGCAUCUUCUGGCAGCGACGAGGAGGUGAUCAAACAAUUUGAGAUUUCUGUGUCCCGGUCUCAGAGUUUCCGUGCAGGGACCUCUGAGGAAGGAAAGCAGACAGGAUUGGAGCGGAAACAGAAAUUCCACCAUUUGCCCUCUAACCGUGAAGAAGAUAGCACCGCAGUGUCUGCCUAUGAAGAUUUGGAUGGAGCCAGCCAGCUAAGUUAUCCUGAGAAUCUGUCAUAUGGUGAAGAUUCCCCCAUCACUGCCCGCUCACAGUCCUCAUGUGAAACAGGGGAUACCAGGCGCCAUGGUGCAUCUAGCCAAGAGACAUGCGUGGCCCGAAGCCCCAGUCGCCAGUCCGCAGAGGGGAGCUUGGAGAGGGACAGAGCUUUCAAUACUCAGGACCUGGAGGAUCCCUACGCCACCGACAGCUCUUCCAUGUGGAGUCCAGAGGAACAGGAUGAAACCAGUCUGCAGGUGCCAUCUGGGAUUCCAGAGCCUAUCUCAAAGUGUGGUGACCUUGAUGUCGUCUUUGAAUAUAGAGCCGUGAGCCAGAAACUCACAGUCACGGUUGUGAGAGCACAGGGUCUCCCGGAUAAGGACCGAAGUGGUGUGAACUCCUGGCAAGUUCACAUGGUGCUGCUGCCUAGUAAGAAACAGAGGGGCAGGACGAGCACACAGCGAGGGCCCAACCCCAUCUUCAAGGAGAAGGUCACCUUCACCAAGCUGGAGCCCAGAGAUGUGGCUGGCUGUGCUGUCCGCUUCCGCCUGUACGCUGCCCACAAGAUGACCCGAGAGAGAAUGAUGGGAGAGAAAUUAUUCCAUCUCAGCCACCUGCACCCAGAAGGGGAAAUGAAAGUGACUCUGGUUCUGGAGCCAAGAAGUAAUAUAAGUGGUGGAGAGUCUCCGCUCAGCUCUUCUGCAGCUUCUCACCGUGACAGUGCCCCAUCCACGCAGUCGCUGGCUCACGGAGGGGCACCAGAGCUGCUGGUGGGGCUGUCCUACAAUGCCACAACAGGGCGACUAGCUGUGGAGAUGAUCAAAGGCAGCCAUUUCCGAAACCUCGCCCUUCACCGAGCGCCUGAUACAUACGGAAAACUCUUCCUCCUCAAUUCUGUGGGUCAAGAGAUGUCCCGUUGCAAGACAUCCCUUCGGCGUGGCCAGCCCAACCCUGUCUACAAGGAGACCUUUGUGUUCCAGGUGGCCCUCUUUCAGCUGUCUGACGUCACCUUGAUGGUUUCCAUUUAUAACAGGCGUAGUAUGAAGCGUAAAGAGAUGAUUGGCUGGAUCGCUCUGGGCCAAAAUAGCAGUGGAGAGGAGGAACAAAACCACUGGGAGGAGAUGAAAGAGAGCAAAGGCCAGCAGAUCUGCAGAUGGCACUCUUUGCUGGAAUCCUAGGUUUGCCAACUGGUGUUUGUGUGCUGUGUCCGCCUCCUUGCUGGCUACUGAUGCCCUGCUUGGCAGGGUUUCCAGGCUUUCAAAUGGAAAUUCUACUUUGCCUAAGAUAUUCUGAGUGGGAGCUUUGGGUUUCUCAAAGGUUUGAUUUGGGUUGGAAUAUUAUAAUUUUAGACAUCUACAUACGCAGCCAUGUGUCCUGUAUGGAAACUGGCCAUAAUGGAGGCCAGAGUGGAGGUGAUGAAUUGAUUUGCGCUAAUAGAUUAUUGAGUCUCAGCUCACACUGUGGAAUGAAGCUUCUCUUAUUGUCUCUGCCUGAGGAGUAAUCUGACAUUGCAAGGGAGCUAUUAAAUGUCACUAAUUGCAGCCACUUAGGUGUUUGAAUCAGAAUUUUCUUAAUGUGGUGCAAAAAAACUCCAAAAUACAAAUGAAUCAGAUGCUGACACAGAAGAAUGCAACUGUAAUCCAUAGCCCCUUCUUUCACAUUUUUCUGUUUCAUUAAAAAAUCCAUUUCCCUAACAAGUAAAUGUUUAAAAAAUUGCACUUAAAAUAAAUUUGUAUUAAUUAAUAUCUUUUAUAUCUCAUUUAUAAAUUUUGGUUACUAUGAUAUUUAAUUAGAUUUAUCAUAUUUUGAAGCUAGAAAAGAGUUUAGAACUUACUAUUAUCAAAUAAUUUGUCUCCUUUUGAAUAUGUAAGAUUUCAAGUUUGUAACUGUUAAGUUUUUUAUGCUAUGUUGCUCACCUAACAACUUCUUACAGAACGAGAAGAAAACUAAAGCCAAGAGGAAGUUCUUUAAAUCAUGGGUUGACUGGUUUCUCUCAAUCUGAUUGUAUCUGGAUUAUACCUUUUCUAUAUUCAAUGAUCCAUACUCAUACAUGUAUUUUGGAUAUACUCCUUCAUGCUCUCUUUUAAUGUACUAUUUUCCAUUAUCAGAGCCUACUGACUUGCACACAGUGGUUCCUUAAUAAAUAUUUAUUUUAUGGACUCUUGGAAAGAAAUAUGUGAAGACCCGUGAAUGGAGAAUUACUUUCAUGUGGUAUGGAGAGACCCUAAAUUUUCAGUUGGACCUUUGAAGUGCCUAUAACUCAUUUUCCACAGCCUUUGCGGCAACCUGGAUACCUGCCAUUGACAACACUGCUCUUGUAUGGUUAUAAACAUGCAGUUUUACUUAUGAAUGAUUUUUAUAUAUUUAUUCAGUGCAUGUAUUUUUUCCUUAUUCUCAGAUAUGAGCCCUUAAUUUUGAUUACUUUAUUGACAGUAAUUAAAACAUACAGGGAAGGAAGGGGUGUCCAUUUAACCCUGGGUCCAACGUGCACCUCUUCUGAGCAAUGGCUUAGCUACUUAUUUUAGCUUUUAUGUUGCAUUGUUGACUUUUUGCUGUCUGUGGGAAGAGUGAUAGCUAGUGAUGGAUGUAUACAGUCAAAAACACAUAACACCUCGGCAGCUCACAUUUGGACAGAUUGUAAGCGUAGGCUGUAACACUUGAAGAACAUAUUUAUCCCUUACAGUGUGUAAUGGUUAUUCUGACAAGACCAGACGAGGGCACAGGAUAACUGUACUACGAUUUCAGGGUUCAGUCUUUGAAAGAAAUGAUUUCCUAUGGAAAAAGCAGGAUUUGCAAAAUAGAUAUCUUCAUUUUUUUUAAAGGUCCUGGGGGUUUUAUAGAUCCUACUGCUCAGUCAUUCAGAUUAAGUAAUAAAACCAUACUCCUCUGGGUUUUUACCCCAGCUUUCUUAGGAAGACCUCAGAGUGCUUUUUCCAGCAUUAUCUCCAUUAACUGCUGAGUGGUCUUUGCAGGGUGGCUAUGUCAUUGAGUAGAACUGAGUGCAAUUGAUGAAGUAGUGGCGCAAAGAAUUGGCUUUUCACAUCCCUGCUCUCUGUAUGCCUUGUGUUUAAAGCGAAGUAGAGCAGCCUUGUUAUGCUUUCCUUUAUGCAGUAACAUAAUAGCAGCAUUCACUUUCUAAUUUACAUUUGAAAAAAAAAUCUGUAUAUAUUGCAAGGAUUGCCUCGGACUUUUCCUCCUAUAUCUUUCUGAUCUCCAUGUUGCUGCAUCCAUGUUUCACGGUGCCAAUAAUCACCCCUACUGCCUUUCUGCUUCCUUGGCUGGCUCAUGUUGAAGAUUUCUGCUGGUGUGGUAAAGAUGUCCUUGUGUGUUUGAUUUGCUUCCACUGCUCUGAUGAUGAUACCAUACACAGGAAUGGGUAGCACUUUAAGGGAAGGAAUGCCUGAAAAGCACUUUUUAAAAUUUUAUUGUGCUGCUGCGACUCAAUAUAUAGGAUGUGUGUACAUCUUGGCGAGACAGAAACAUCAACGUAUUCACGCUCAGCUGAUUGUUUAAACAUAAAAUGCUAAAGACAAGAUACAUUAGAAUAUGAGGCUGUGUGUGUUUCUUUUUUUUUUACUUUGAAUUAACAUUCUAGUUUAGUAGGAUCUUUUGAUUUUGUGCACUUAAACUCCCUUAUUUUCUUGGCAAAUUCUAGACACAAAAUGCAUUUAACGUGUUUUUCACUUGAGAUCUUACAUCUCCAGUUGCUUCUCAAAAGAGUUAUGAAAGAUAAUUAGUUGGUUCUGCAGCAAAAAAAAAAAAAAAAACUGCUUUUGCCUAUUUCAUUUAGCUAAUGAUUAAUAUCUCAGAGGGAGCUUUGACAUUGGAGCAGCACCGGCUUUUUGUUGCAUGAGUAGCUCUUUCAGCGAUUUUCCCUCAAGAGUAUGCUUCUUAAAUAAUAUUACUGAGAGUAAAUGAUGCACUAGGUUUAUGGAAAUCUGCUUCAUAGUGUGCCUUCUGAAUUGAGAAAUACUGGUGUCACCAACGACGGUGGUGGCUGUUGUAUUCUUUGCUCCCCUCUGACUAUCGCUGAAUUUUUAAAUGGACCAUUCAGCAGGCAGCCAAACACCUGCUCUCAGUCCCCUUUCCUCCACUGGCUCCCAGGGUGAUGCACAGUUGUUUUGGAUCCUGCUUUUGCUGAUGCUGCAUAACUGUAAGAGAGCUUUCCCUUCGCUAACGUCUGAAGAAUGCAUUUGGAUGGAGAAAGGGUCUUCAACACGUUCAUGGAAAAUGUGUAUUUUGGGAAAACUGUGCAUGAAUUUCAAAAAGCAUUGUGUACCGACACUUAUGUUUUAGUUCCAUUUUUUCAUGAACUUUUUAAAAAGUGCCCUCGUGUUAUACUGGGCAUCCUACCUGCACAAAGUCUGAGCAAUGGAUCACCGCUUUUGCAAGAGGAAAAGAGAGGAUGAUAUUGUCAUUCAUUUUAGGCACUAUGAAGUCUGACAACUUUCAAUGGCGGUGAACUGAUUGAUCUCAGACAUUGAUAUUCUCUCUAGUGCUGGGUGCUGCGACGAGCCUGGCACACCAUUACUGCCUUUUUUUUAACAUGGGGCUCUCACAUUGUCUUAUAAAUUAUCAUUACCUCUCGGUCAGUCAUUGGGCUUGAAACCCAGUGUGGCUGCACUGGAUGAUCUUAUCUGAGAACCAAAAGUCUCUUCCUUUCAAGUAAAUAAUUAUUUAAGUAGGGGCUACUGUAAGAAUAGGUGAAGGCAUUUCUCAGAUGACCAGAAAACUGUAUUUAAUUGAUGAGUCCAUGUGGGCAUCCAACUGUGGGUUUCCCACAAACUUGGCUAUCUUUUGCAGCAGAGGACUCUGUAAGGAAAACUAGGAAAGGUGGAUAAGAAAGAAUUAUUUGUAAGUGGCAUAAAAUUAAAUGGAGGCAUAUUCUUUCCUGAAAAGCCAGUAAGACUAGAAAACACAUAUGGUAUCUCUCCUUGCUUUUGAGCGAAUUGUGUAAAGAAUGUUCCAUUCUAUUUGAUCCAAUAAAAAAGCAAGUGACAAGUAAUCCUGAAAUGGCAAAACAAGUAUUUUUAUUGUUUGAAAAAGUAAUUAUUUGCUUAGGUGAAACUAUAAGAAAACACCCCAGAUGACUUACAGUUCAUGUGUCAUGUACAUGGAAGAUAAGAAAUCGGUAUGUUGGAAAUGUUUUGCGUUUGCAGGUGUGUAUUCAAGAAGAGUAAACCAAUGAAGUAGACAAUAUUGCAGAUUAGCUAUUAUUUUUUUCACAGUCUGUAAAAUUCUGGAAAAUACUUGAGGAUGGGGUCAUUGUAUCUGCUCUUCCACAGUGAAGUUGGCCCAACUCGGAGAGUUGGAACAGGCUGUGGUCUCAGCCUGGGUUUGGAUGGAACUCUACUAACUGUGCGGCCUUAAGAAGAUUAUUCAACCAACCUAUGUCCCAGACUCUUCAACUGGAAAAUAAAAAUCAUGUCUACCUCUUAAGGUUUUAAAAUAGGCAUUAGUGUAAUGUGCCUAGCAUAGAGCCUGGUGUAUAGUUAGUAUUCAGUAUUCACUCUUCACAAUCAUGCUUGAAAAAGAAAAUUAAAAAAAAAAAACACUUAGGUUAUAUUUCUCUUUGCAGAAAAAAUAAUGAUAAGACUAGAGAAAAACUUAAAAAUAAUUUUCAGAUAUUUUAAAGUGGGUAGACUAAUGAAGCCAGAGCAUAUUUGUCAAGAAAAUAGGUCUCCUUAGGGCAAGCUAAUCAGAGGUAACCCUGAUAUUUGGAGGAAAGUGAAUCUUAAUAGAUUGGAACUGAGAUGGAGCCAAAUGUUUGUCUUUUAUCUCCUUAGUUUGCAGGGGAUGCCAAACCUUGGUGCUUGUGUGUAUCUCUUGAUAUUUCACACAUGGGAUCUUUCUUCACUUCCUGCUCUACUUUACCAUUGACAAAUGGGCAGGGCACCUUGCACCCCCAUUAGAAGAGUUGAUAAAGAGGGCAACUUGGCCACAUUUUUCAACUCUGACCUAAAAGAGUAAAGCAAAUGUUAUUACUCUAUACUGACAUUCUUUGGAUUGUCUUUAGUUUUACCUACAUUAUCCAUUUUAUAUCAUGAUACACACAUUUGCAUAUGGUUUAUUAAUAAUUAAAAUGUAUCUGUUUGGAAAGUUCUAUUCAAAACCAGUUAUCAUUAUUUCCAUUAAGAGGCUAUCAUGAUGGGAAUUCUGUCAUUUAACACUAAUUCCUUUUGAAGGGGAUUUUUGAAUGAUUUGAUAUAAAGGAAAGCAUGUUUAGUUGUUCUCAAGUUAUUCAUACCUUGAGUAGAGAGGACAUUUUUAGAAAAAUCUUUAUCAACAUUUGAUCCAGAGAUGACAUCAGAAACAAACCACUUCAAGUUUAUUGCAACCAGCUGCCUUGAACUAGUCAGGAGCUGUGUGUGUGUGUGUGUGUGUGUGUUUUAAGAUUUUUUUUAGGAGUCGGUGCUGUAGUAUAGCAGGUAAAACCACCACCUGCAGUGCUGGCAUCCCAUAUGGGCACCUGUUCAAGUCCUGGCUGCUCCAAUUCCAAUCCAGCUCUCUGCUAUAGACUGGAAAGCAGUAGAAGAUGGCUGAAGUCCUUGGCUCCCUGCACCUGCGUGGGAGACCCAGAAGAAGCUCCUGGCUCCUGGCUCAGAGCAGCGCAACUCUGGCCAUUGUGGCCAAUUGGGGAGUGACCCAGUGGAUAGAAUACCUCUCUCCCUCUCUCUCUCUCUCUCUCUCUGCCUCUUCUUCUCUCUCUGUGUAACUCUGACUUUCAAAUAAAUAAAUAAAAUCUUUUUUUUUUUUUAAGAUACAGAGAGAAGGAUAUACAGAGAGAGAGGUCAUCCAUCUGCUGGUUCACUCCCCAAAUGGCCACAACAGCCAGAGCUGGGCCUAUUCCAAGCCAGGAGCCAGGAGCUUCCUCCGGGUCUCCCACAUGGAUGCAGGGGCCCAAGCACUUGGGUCAUCUUCUACUGCUUUCCCAGGCCAUAGCAGAGAGCUGGAUCAGAAGAGGAACAGCCGGGACUAGAACUGGAGCCUAUAUGGGAUGCCGGCACCACAGGUGGGAGAUAGCCAGGUACCAGCCCCUACAUGUAGUUUUAAGCUAAAAGUGAUUCUGGAAUGAGGACCAGUGAGACUACAUCCUAAAUAUUAUUGAAUUACCGAAGUGCUGUCUCAAGUUCUAGGUUUCCCACCUAAGGGGAAACAUGAAGACAUUGGAGAAAAAUCACCUAGCAUAAGACUUUUACUUGAAAGUAUGAGAGUUACUUCAGUUGGUGGGAAAAAUAAUUAAAAGAUAGGUUUAUUUUGGUGCAAAAAAUUCUGAAUUCCAUGCAUUCACGCUAUUGUCAGACAACUGAUCGAAAUGUAUAUUAUGAAAACUAUGCCUGGAUUUCAAUAUUUGCAGCAAAAUAUGCUGAUUUUACAUUCUACAUUUUGUUUGAGUAAGAAGAGGGAGAGAGGGUGGAGUUGGGGAGAGAGGGAGGAAGAGAGCGAGCGAGCAAAGUAACUCUCAUCUGCCCACACAUCAAGGGGCUUGGGCCACAGCUGAAGCCUGGAGUUUGGAGGGCCAUCCAUGGGGGUGGCAGGAACCCAAUUACUUGAGCCAUCACUACUGAAUCCCAGGGUAUGCAUUAGCAGGAAGCUGGAAUCUGGAGCCAGAGCUAGGAAUUGGAGAUAGGGUAUCUUGGCUGCUAGGGUCAAUACUCACUUCUUGAUUCUGUUUUUCUUUUUAUUUACUUACUUACUUACUUAUUUAUUUUGACAGGCAGAGUAGACAGUGAGAGAGAGACAGACAGAGAGAAAGGUCUUCCUUUUGCCGUUGGUUUACCCUCCAGUGGCCACUGUGGCUGGCGCGCUGCGGCCAGUGCACUGCGCUGAUCGGAUGGCAGGAGCCAGGUGCCUCUUCCUGGUCUCCCAUGGGGUGCAGGGCCCAAGGACUUGGGCCAUCCUCCACUGCACUCCCUGGCCACAGCAGAGAGCUGGCCCGGAAGAGGAGCAACCGGGACAGAAUCUGGUGCCCCGAUCAGGACUAGAACCCAGUGUGCCGAUUCUGUUUUUCCAUGAAUUUCAUGAAGUAGCCUCAUCAUUUAAGGCAUGUUAAAGGAGUAGAACAAAAGGUGAGAAAUCUGUGUAGUGCUUUCUAGUAAGAUUUCCCAGAAUGUGGCAUUCUAACAAAAGAAUGGUGUGCACUUUCUCUGCCUGACCACAUAGAGCCAGAGCAUCCACCUAAAUCGAGUCCAAGGAGUUUAACUGAGAUACAGGGAGAAUUACACAAAACUUGUUUCUUAUUAAUUCAAAAUGUAUUCAUUGGAUUUCCUUUGCUUACCACUGUGCUAUUUGGGAUGGCACAGAACUUAAAAUCUUUUUGGAUUACACAGUGAAGCAUUAGUCAUCAUAAUGAAAACAACAAUGAUGACCAACGUGUAGUUGUUAAAUUGGACUAAUUACAUGCCAUAAACAGCAGAGUUCCUGCUAAGGGGUAUUGGAAAGAGGUGAAAUAUAGUGGCUGAAUGACUGGGAGAACUCCUACAAAGCCCCAGACUUUGCAGUGAGCCUUGGUUGCAUUAGAGAGGGAAUUGCUGAGAGAGCCAUAGGGUCAUCAUCUUCAGAAGUCUUUUAAGAUAGAAAAAGCUGCUUCAAGUGUUGCUUCUGUCCAAAGUGGAAUGAGAGGGCACCCUGGACGACAGCUUUUAUCAAGUUCCUUCUAAGUCUAGUAUUGUGUGGGUAACCUCGAAACAGGAUCCAUAAUAGCAGCACUCCAGGCCUGUCCUCCUCCUCUGUGGGCAUUUUUUUUUUUUCAACAUUGAUUUUUCUCUGAAUCAUAGAAGGUUUCCUCUGGGGAGUUCCUGCGUGGGUUUCGUUUAGGUGACUUUGGGGAUGUCUGCAGGCUCCAGGUGAAUUUCCUCUCCCAUGGUGCUUUGAAUGUUUUGUGUCCCUUGGGUCACAAAGCGGUAUCCUAGACACACGGACAAUAGUCACCUGUAUUUAUAGCCACAGUGGAAGCUGUGAAACCGUUGGAGGCUUUGUAGGACAAGCUCAUGGCCUGUUAGGAAGCCCUGUGGAUGUUCUUAGGCUAGAACUGCUGCUCACUGCUCUCUGCUGUCCGUCGCUCACUGAUGCUGCCUCGUGGUGUCUCCGUGGGAGUUUUUGCUUCAUGCCUUCGAGUGGCAGUGUUACCAGUUCUACUUUGAGGAUGCUUACAAGGCCAGUUUCCCACUGGCGUGGCCCUGUAUGUUCAUUAUUUUUGGUUACUUCAUUUCCCCUUAGAGUAUCUUCUACUUUACAGUUCUCCUUUCUUUAUAUACCAUUUAUUCCUUCAAAAGAUGUUCAAGUGUAAUACGUUCAAAUAUUCCACUAGUUCUGAUAAGAACUCUAGGCUAAUGAUAAAAUCCUUCAUUAUCCUUUAACUUUGUCUUAAUGUAUUUCUGUAAUGGCUUCUUUCCCCCUCUGGAAGGGAGAGGAUUUAUGGAACCCAGAAGUUGUUCUUCUGUCUCUAGUUAAGAAAUAAAUAUACUUGUUUGUUGGUCUAUGCUUCUCUUCAAAAUAAUUGGACGUGUUUUGUUUGUAAGGGAGGAAAUGUAGCAUUUCAUUUCUAGCAUGAAACAGAAGUUAGGUAGUUAGUAUUUUUGAGUUUUGUUUAUAUAUUUGACUUUUAUAGUUGAAUAUGCAAUGCCCUUUGUGGAGCCGGCGCCAUGGCUCAUUUGGUUAAUCCUCCACCGGCGGCGCUGGCAUCCCAUAUAGAUGCCAGUUCUAGUCCCGGUUGCUCCUCUUCCAGUCCAGCUCUCUACUGUGGCCCAGGAAGGCAGUGGAGGAUCGCCCAAGUGCUUGGGCCCCUGCACCUGCAUGGGAGACCACCUGGCUCCUAGCUUUGGAUUGGCGUAGCUCUGGCCGUGGCGGCCAUUUGGGGGGUGAACCAACAGAAGGAAGACCUUUCUCUCUGUCUCUCUCUCUCUCUCUCUCACUGUCUAACUCUGUCAAGUAAAUUUUAAAAAAUUAUUAAAAAAAUGCCCUUUGUAAGGCAGCAAGUUGGACCCUGGAAUGCUGUGUCUGUACAAACAAACAUGACACAGUUUUUACAUGCUCUGUGUUUUAGUAGUGAAAGUCACUCCCAGAAUGAACUGGAGACCAUAGUUGCCAGAAAAAGAUGUGAGAGUGUUAACAAAAAGCCUUGCUUACCUCUCUGUCUUUAAAAUUAGUCGUAGUUACCGAAAACUAAGCACAUUUGGGGCGCCCUUAAGAAAUGAAUCAGGGGCAGCAUUGAGCAUGUUCUUCCUGUGGAAAAUGGACCAGUCGUUGUUUUACAGUCUCAAACACUCUUAAGUCAGACUGAAUAUGACUCCUGGUGCCUUUGACUUUAUAACAAGAGACACAAAAUAGGAGUUUCCACAGUAGAAUUAUUGCUUGUAAUUCUUCACAUCAUAAAAGCUAAUCUAUUGCUAAAUCUCUUAAGCCACACAAGUCAGAACCUUUGGUGGCCCGAAAGUUCAUACUAAAGUUGGUCUCAAGAUUGUCUGUAAUCUAAAAAGUGCACAUCUCUGACAUGAGAAAGACCUUGAUUUUUAAGAAAAGACAGCAGAAGGCUGCCAGCAAAAAUUCCAGUUAUGCGGGGGAACAUUUACACUAGAAGAAAGACAUUUGUGUUGGUUAUUCUGUGUAACCUAGUCACAUCCGGAAGCCACAUUUCUGCAGACUGCUUCUUUGACAAGUUCCUUAUAGCUGGCACGUUGAAUGGGCUUGCUGAUUUUUGCUACAUUUCCCAAUGGUCCAUGAUAAUGUUUGCUGUUUUGCAACUCUACUGAAUUAUAAUGCAGUCUUUUAUAAUGCCAGCAUAUUAAUGCAGCUGUAAGUUAGAUUCCAUUAUUAUAAAAUGUACUUUCCAAAAUUUUAAAAUCUGAUUUUGUUGUAGUUUUUUAAUAUUUUAAGUUUGUAAAUAAGAAAUUAGUAUUUGUAUAUUUUAUUAGUGACAGAAAUUUUUCAUCAUUUUACUGGAAUAAUAUUUGAUCUGUAUUUUCAGGGGAAAUGCAUGAUGGUUUUUGAGGCCUACUUCCUUUUCAGAGCUGUUUUAGGUUCACAGAAAAAUAUAGCAAAGUACUGCAAGUUUCUAUAUACCCCCAUCUCCACUCACACACAACCUUUUCUCCUGCACACUAUAGGGGUGAAUUUCUUACAAUCAGUAAUCUGCAUUGAUACAUUAUCAUCAUUCAAAGUGCAUGGUUUAUAUGAGGGUUCAUUCUUGGUGUUAGUAUACUAUGGGUUUGCCAAUUGUUCAAUGACACAUACAAAUCAUGUAGUAUCCUAUAGAAUAUUGUCACUGCCCUAAAAGUCUAUGGUGUGUCUAUUCAUUUCUCCCUCUUCUUGUCUCCAUAGUUUUGCCUUUUCCAGGAUAUCACAUAGCUGAAAUCAUAUAGAGUAUACCCCUUUCAGGUCAGCUUCCUUCACUUAGAGAUAAGCAUUUAUGUUUUCAUGUCUUUUUAUGGAUUGAAAGCUCAUUUCUUUUAAGUUUAGCUGAAUAAUCCUCCAUUAUCUGCAUGUAUCUGUUUAUGACCUAUUUACUUUUAUUUCUAGUCCCAAUUGCUAUGGUGCUGUAUUUUUUAAUUUCACAUUUUCAAGAGAAAUCCUGGAUUGCUUCAGAUCAUCCAUGAGAGAAAAAUGUGGCAGCUUCCAAUUGGAAAUCCAUUUUAGCUAUGUGAAACUGGGCUUGUUUCACAUUUAGGGGGAAUGGUUUAUGAAAAAUAGCACACAACUCUAUAAUUUAUGCUAACAGAUUUAUGCCCUAUUCUUCUCCAUUGAACUCUAAAGAGAAAGCUCUGAAGGCUGUGAGGAUACACCCCUAAAGUUAUUGACACUGUGGUGUUAAUAUGCAUCAAUAAAAGUGCUCAUUAUGUUAUUACUGAUUCAUGGAAGAAAACCACCUUAUAUAAUUUUAUGUUUGUCACCUCUGCCACGGGAGAGGGAGCUUUGUGAUUGUGCCCUGGCAUGGUGAGCCGCACAAGUCAAUUACAGGUGGUGUGUGAGCACCUGCAUCCUACACUGGCUCAGAAUUCUGAAUGGAAGGAGGACCCCUCGCAGUGCAAGGCUGACUGAGCAGGUGCACGGAUGUUGGAAUACCCCUGAUAAUUAUGCUGGGUGAAUGGGGAGGCCUGGCUGAUGAUCAAUGUCUGACAAAUAUUUUGAGAUGGUUUAUAUGGGUACUCCCUGUCCUUUGUUUCAUAACUGUAGCUAUUACUGCAGAGACGAAGGUGUCUAUGCAAAGAAUAUUGGAUUAAAAUUAAUGAGGCCUGUGUUCUGGUACCAAGUCUUCCACUAAUGAGCUCUAAAACAAAUGUCAAAUCAUAAGUUCUUCAAGAUUCAUUUCUGCCUCUGUCCAAUGGGAAUGCUAAUGCUUGUUUUACCCAUGUUCACCAGUUAUUGUGGGGGAAAGUUUCAUUCAUUUAAUAUUAUGAUUAGUAGUCAUAUUAAUAUUUCAUUAAUAUAAUAAACACUCUGAAUUGCCACUAAGUAUCAGGACUGUAUGUAUCACAAGGUAAUAGAUGGAGAAACACGGUGCAGAAUUUUUGAAGACUUGCAGGCUUUUUGAAGGCUGCAAGAUAUUUUUAAUUGUUAAGGUCAGAUCAACUCUUUAUGUUGCUGUAUCAAAUAAUUGACACUUUUAGAUCUCUGCCAGUGAUUUAUUUGACUACAGGUUACAACUAGAAUGAUCUUUAGUUGUUAUACCUCUGAGAAGAUACUCAGAAUUAUAGAAUUCAGUUCCAUUUUGUUGUUAUUGUGGUUCAAACACUGACCACACAAGAAAUUACAAAUCUGUAUUUUCAGGUGGUUGGCAACCUUUGAGAUGAAUACAAACCUUUCUUUAGAACAACUUAAGUUCAAGUACAGGGAAAGUACUAACAUCCACAGCUUCCCCCUUAAUCCCUAUUAAAAUGAGAUUUGAAUAUAGUACUUUCAAAAUUUCUUUAGCCACCCAAAAAGGCACUUCAGUCCACACCAUUACUUUUCUCCAGAAAAAUCAGGCUUAUCCACCUCUCUCCUCUCAAGUAACAGUCCUUACUCACAAAUUAUUUUCUUCCCAAAUAUCCUUUAUGAUCUCCCAGAAAAAGUAAAGAUUUAAAAAUCAUUUUUAGGUCCAUCCAAGAUUUUAUAGCAAUAUUUUAUUUGUGUUCACAGUGCAAGAUCAAUCUGACACUUUCUCAAUUUUUUUUUCUUCCUAUGGCAUCCAAAACAGUUGUUCACAUUCACACUUUGAUGUUUCACCAUAUGCAUACUGUGUGCAGCUCUGCUGUUUUAAAAUAUUUUAUUGGUUUUCCUUCAUAUCUCAACUUUUGAUGGGUGUCCUUGAAGAACUUGCAUGAAAAAAUGUAAAUGUGAAUGAUUCAUUCAUUUUGAACAUAUGUAUCUAUUUUAGGAGAUUUUUUUGGGAGAUUUUACCCUACAUAGAACACACUGUUCUUGCAGAGAAAGUGUUGUAUAUUACUAUUCUACUCGCAGCUGGAUUCUGCACAUGGAUUAACACUGGAAACCUGUGCUUUUUCUAGUCCCUAUUUACUUUUAAUACAGUAUUUAUAUGCCCCGAGUUUUGCUGGUUGUCAGGGGUGGUCAGUUGUCAAGAUUUUCACAUUUGGAGAGGAUGUCAUGUAACAUGGUUGAGUGUAAAAUCUGGUCUUCCUAAGAUUUCUAAGAGACUAGCGUGAUUCCUUGGCAAACGGGAAGUUCAAGACCAGGCUUUGUUUGUUACAUAAGAGCCACACCCAGUGCUCUUCAGUGCUUCACAGGCAUUUUCAGAUCUGACUGCUGUCAUCUUGCCUCCUCUCAAGUUUUCUAGCAGAGAAUUCCUCCGUGGACCACAGGUUCAGGAGGGAAAACACAGCAUUUUCCUCCCCAAAAGGGCAAAUCUUCAUUUAAAAAAUUUUCAGAAAAAUCUCCAAAGCAUUCCAUGUGGGUGUCCUUGUGUUUCUUGUAGUAUGAAUUCUUGACUUGUGUGUUCUAAUAAAGAGGAGUGAACGAAUCUUUAACUGUUACCAAAUCAGGCAGCUACAGAAAGGAGUGACCCAUCUCAUUCUAAAUUUGCAUCUAUCAGUGAAUAAUUAGUGUAUAGAAAAAGGUUUGGAAAGCUUUCAUUACACUUAAAACUAAAAUAUCCUUCUAUCUUUUGUCAUGUUCCAUAUUUCAUAAGAUGGUUUUAAUGUAUUAUUACUGUUCCCUUUUUAAUUCAGCGAAUUAGUGAAAUAUUUAAUGUCAAUGUUCUUGUCUUAGAAACUCCCCUUGAAAAGAUGUCAGAAAAAUGAACUCAUCGCCCUGUGAUAAAGAAUAAGUUCAUGAUCAGAUACUUGCACUGUUUUUCUUGUGCAUAUAAUGCAUAAGCACGUGUUCAAUCUCACAGUGAUGUUGGAAAGCAUAUAUUAUGCAGCCUAAAAACUAUUUCUGUAUUAGAUGUUUAAAUGCAUGAGGAUAAGUUCUAAUUGCUUUUUGUCUGAAACAGAAACAUGGAAGAAGCCUCAGCCCCAGUUUGUACAAAAUGUCUGUUGCAACUGAAAUCAUGUUAGUUCAAAACCGAAAAUCAUUCCAUUUUGUAGAACUGCUGCUACUGGUUUUAUCAAUAAAGUUUUAGCAGAUGGCUUAUAUGUA